UCAAGGUCUCACCAUGUGACAUCAGGAGAUCACGGUCACGGCAGCAUCACCACGUGAUUAACACAUACAUUAGCUUUACCCAGUAGGGCUAUAAAUUCACGUAGAGAGGCCGCUUGCAGCUUACAUACGUCCGGAAACAACAUAAACUAUUAAAUCAUUCCGAGAGAUGGCCUUGUUGCUCGUGUUCAUGUCCUCGCUUCUCUUCAUGCUCCUCUCUUCCUACGCGCUCCAGCUGCUUACCGACGUCCGGCGCCGCCUUCCACCUGGUCCGAGGCCGCUCCCGGUCAUCGGCAACCUCCUCGACGUCCUACUCGUAGGCAAGCUCCCGCACCGCUCCCUUGCGCGUCUCGCCGAACAGUAUGGCCCGCUGAUGACGCUCCGGCUGGGCACGGUGGUUGUCAUCGUCGCCUCCUCCGCGGCCACGGCCCGGGAGGUCCUCCAGACGCACAACACCGCCCUGUCCGGACGCAACCCGCCGGACGCGUGGAACGGCAUGGGGCACGCCGCCAACUCGGUCUUCGUCCUGCCUCCGCGCAACAAAUGGCGCGCGCUGCGGAGGAUCGGCGCCGAGCACCUGCUGUCGCCCAGGCGGCUCGACGGGGACGCGCUGCGGCCUCUUCUGCGGGACGCUGUCCUCGGCAUGCUCCGCCGCGUGUCGGAGCUGGCGGCGUCCGGCGCGCCCGUGGAGGUCGGCCACGCGGCGUUCGCUUCCGUCAUGGACCUGCAAUGGCGCGCCAUGUUCUCUGUCGGCCUGGACGAGCCGACGUCCCGCGAGUUGCACGGCUUCGCGCGGGAGGCCGUGGCGCACUCCCUCAGGCCCAAUGUCUCGGACUUCUUCCCGGCGCUCGCCGCUGCCGACCUCCAGCGCGUCCGGCGCGGCUUCGCGACACACUUGGCCAGGGUUUACCAGCUCAUCGACCAACAGAUCGAGCGGCGGAGGGACGCUCGGCAAGCCGGCGACGGCGAUGCGCGCAAGGACGACCUGCUGGGCGUGAUGCUCGACAUGUCGGAAGAGCAAGGGAAAGACGCCGUCGACGCCUUGGUUAACCAGGAUUUCAUGAGGGCCUUUUUCACGGACAUAUUUCUUGCGGCCAAUGACACCAUCUCAGGUACAAUCGAGUGGGCAAUGGCAGAAUUGCUACAGGACCCACAGGCCAUGACAAAAGUACAACAAGAACUCAAAAAUGUCCUUGGCUCAAAGAUGCACGUUGAAUACUCUGACAUCAACCAGCUCCCGUAUCUCCAAGCAGUUAUCAAGGAGACACUCCGUCUGCACGCGGUGGUGCCGCUGGUGCCCAACAAGGCCGAGGCUACGGUGAAGAUACAUGGCCACACCGUCCCCAAGGGGAGCACCGUGUUGGUGAACGUGUGGGCGAUCCACCAUGACGCCGAGCUGUGGCCGGAGCCGAACAAGUUCAUCCCUGAGAGGUUCCUGAAGCAGCAGGAGGAGGUGAGUUUCCAGGGCGCGGUGGACUUGAGGUUCGUCCCGUUCAGCGCUGGGAGGCGCACCUGCCUCGGCCUGCCGAUGGCGACCAGGAUGAUUCACACCAUGCUCGGCUCGCUACUGCACCGUUUCAAGUGGACGCUACUACGCGAGGUGGAGGGAAGUGGUGUAGAUAUGUCGGAGAAGGUUGGGAUCACGAUGGCCAUGGCUAGUCCCCUCCAAGCUAUGGCUAGGAGAAUCUGAGAGCUUGGCAUUGGGUGUGCUUUGCUGUUUCGUCCGCCGAAUAUGCAUGCAUGUCUCUUGUGCAUAUAUAAACGAUCGAAUAAAGUAAUGGGAAGCAGAUAUAUACUUCUAGAAUUUUAUGUAACCUC